CACCCCUCCUCUUUUGCAGGGAACAUGGUUCAGCCCAGGACGCGUCACCCAUUGUUUACAAAUGAACUGUGUUGCUGGUUCCUGCCGAGCUGAGCGGCGUGGUGAAGAGCGAGGAGAAGAGAGGAGCAGAGCAUCCAUCGGCUCUCAGUCAGUCAGUCAGACACACAACAACAACAACACUGAACUCACUCACACAACACCGACUACAAGCCGCAAGCAUGCCGUGUCGGAAGGAGAACUACAUCUUUUUGGAGCAGUCCGUCACCGUGGACUCUAAAGAAGUGGACGCGCUGGUGGUGAAGAUUGGCGAGGCGCUGCAGCUCCACAACAACAACAACAACAACAGCGGCGGCGUCCACCACCACCACCAGAAGAAGACGGUGUCCGUGUCCAUGGCCUGCCUGCACGGCGGGGUCAAACCGGUCAGCGGUUUGAGCUCGGGAGCAUCUCCGGUGCAGAAACACCAGGGCUGCUGCAUGCGGCUCCGGGGACAGCACCGGGGACAGCACCGGGGGAGCAGCCGGGCGAGUCCGUACCACAUCACCGGAUCUAACGGAGAGACGGACUGGGACCAAAUCAAACCGUGGAACAGGAAGAGGAUCACCGUGGAGGAGGACGAUGAUCCGCACCGGCUGCUGCAGGAGCUCAUUUUAUCGGGUAACCUGAUCAAAGAGGCCGUGAGGAGGCUGCAGUUCACCGCGGCGGACUGUGCAGAUUUACCCAACAAGACGGUGCCGGCGGCGGACAAUGUGCCCUCCUGAUAGCGUCUAAAGGACGGACCAGGGGACGUGGUUCACCGCCUCGUCUCCUGGAUAGACUCAAAAACUGUUUUAGAACUAAAUUUCACAGGACUGGUAGCUAUGUUUUUCUAAUUUCAUCCAUUGUGUGUGUAACGUUGGUUACGCUACGUCGGGCAGCAGUUAGCAGUUAGCUAACUAGCCACCCGGCUAAUGACUUGUUUAUGUCUGAUGCCUCCUUGUGGCUCAGAGACUCUGGGGUGCAGUGGAGGUUUUGCCGACCUUUUAUCGGCAGUAAAGGGGGUUUAUUUGUUUUUUCACCCCUUUUAAAGGCUAAUGUGAUGUACAAAUGAAACUACACAUCACAUUGAGUGUUUUUGUGUGUGAUUAUGUGAACAUGGAGUCCUGAACAAUGGCUUUGAUGAAUGGUUGAGUCACACAGGAAGUCCCAGCUCAUUCAUUUCUUAUUUACCACUGCAUCCUGGGAUGUGAGUUCAUGUGUUGUUUAUUUGAGGGGGGGAUGGGAGGGAGGGAGGUUUGCUCUCAUGGCCAGCCAUUCCCUGCUGUGACAGACCUUUAUGAUGGGGGGGUUCAUUUUGUUUACAAUCCAAUGCUGGGUGUUGAUAGCUGCUGUUACAGAGAGAAAGGAAGUGCCCCCUCCUUAUUCUCCAUUCAGGUUGUCCUUUUAACUUGGGAGCAGCUCAUCUCACUACACCUCAACCAGACAAAUCAGUGACAUGAGCUGGUUUGUAUUUAAAACAUAAAGUUACAGGACUACACUCUGUCAACAGCAGCUCUGGAGAUCUUUCUCAAAGAAGAGAAAACACGCCCUUUUCCCACAGGGCUUUGGAUGAUGUGUAACUUUGUUUGUAAUGUGUUUUUUUUUAGGGGAAAGGUCAGCUGUCACGUGACAACACUUUUGUGGUGCUUUCGCCUUUUGGAAUUCCUACGAUGAGUUCUGUUUUGUUUUUUUUGUAUUUGGUUCUUCUCUCUGUAAAGAAAAAUCACCACGACUGCUUCGUAACGAAGUAUCUGAUAAUGUUCCUGAGUAUUCAGGGCCUUUUUUUUGUCGUCUUAAUAAACUCAUUUUUGUUUUUACAAACCUC